AUGGAUUACAAAGUGCCAGAAUCAGAUAUCGAGUUGUUUGAAGAUAAUCCCGAGGAGUAUGUGUGGCGUGAUAUCGAAGGUUCAGACGUUGCGACCAGACGCCGCGCCGCCUGCGACCUGCUGCGGGCCCUCGCAACACAUUACGACGAUAAAAUGAUGGCCAUCUUCGGACAGUACGUAGAGGUAUCACCUGCGUACCCAUACAGAUGGGUCGGACUACAGAGUCUAGUCAGUCUAGUUGAAAAUGUUGCCUGUUGGGCUCGUAAAGCCUUUCCUACAUACAUACUUAAAUAA